UAUGUGCCAAUAAUCUGUGAGCUAUGAGAAAGAUUCAACCUCAUAGUCAGAGUGCAGAUGAGCAGUUCACUCUAAGAGCGAGAGAAGCAGGCAGGAGAAGCAUCCUAAAAUACAUCAGAGCUUGUUCUUUUCAAUGAUUUGCAAACCUAUGAAUUCGUCACUCAUUUAACUCAGAGCUGAUCAUGGGGGCUUCACAGAGCAAGGAUAAGAUGCAGUGCAACAGAUACCUGAACGGAAAAGGUCCUCCGCCGCUGACUGAGACAGAUGGUCAAGGACCAAACAACCACAAAAAGAAUAGUGUGAUAAAACAAGGAAACCAGCCAGAUGGAGGGCAAUUGAAUUGGAAUAUCGAGAGACGGAGUUUGCCGGGACAUUCUGACUGUGACACCAUUCAAAUCGUCUUUCAUUUUGAUGACGGAAUCCAGUCGGACAAGCAUCCUCAUCCAGGACACAGCUACAAGGGCACUGAAUUUGUGGCCUACCUGCCUCAGAACACCACAGGGACCAAGAUCCUCCGGUUACUGGAGCAGGCCUUCAAACACAAGCUGCUGUUCACUGUGGCAGCCAAUAGCAGCGGUGAAUACUGCGUGAUGCCUGCAGACAUACCACUGAAGACUCUGGACAGUGGGGGACCUGGAAGCUUGGGCUAUCCAGAUCCAACGUACUUGAAAUCAGUGAUGAAAAGUCUCAAGGUAAAGGGGAUCAAAUGAGAGAGUAUGGACUACUAAUACUACAACUGUUGAUUCCAAACCUCAUCAUGACCUUGCAUGAUCAAGAUAUGGAUAUGGAUGUGGCAUGAUUACAUGAGGUUUGACAUGCCCAGAUCUACAGAACAUGGUCAAGGCUGAUCAAUUUGAGAAUGAGGACCUUUAAAUGUCGAAACUGAGUUGCAACGAUGCACAUGGCGACUUGUGAGAUGUAUUGUAUUUUUUAUUAAAAAGAUGAAGAAUGAAGUAAAACAGUAUUGUAUACACUGCAA